CAUGCGUAGUAGUCACUGCGGAACUUGUCGGACCGGGAGUGAAUAGCCAUUAGCUUUUUCUUUAAAGAAGCUAAUUCAUAUAGUUUGUCAUAAUUGCCGCCUUUAAAACAGGCAGUUCCGCAGUAGCUGAGUCACUAAUAAGUGUAGACUUGCUCCGUGAAGAUGUACUGUCCGUAUCUCCUGCUGCUGCUGAGUCUGGGGGUGUCAGCCGUAGAAGUCCAGCGCCCCAGGGGUGUCCCUCUAUCAAAACGGCAGUUCUAUGAAGAAGGGAAACCUUUUACUUGCCUGGAUGGCUCCCGCACUAUUCCUUUUGAUAGAGUGAACGACGACUACUGUGACUGUCAGGACGGUUCAGAUGAGCCAGGCACUGCUGCUUGUCCAAAUGGUAGCUUCCACUGCACCAAUGCGGGUUUCAGACCUGCCUUUAUUCCUUCCUCCCGUAUCAAUGAUGGCAUUUGUGACUGCUGUGACACAACAGAUGAAUACAACAGUGGUGCUGCCUGUCAGAACACUUGCAGGGAGUUGGGUCGCAAGGAGAGGGAAAGCCUUCAAAAAAUGGCAGAGAUUGCAAAGGAGGGCUUCAUGCUUAAACAGCAACUCAUCCAGGAGGCCAAGAGGGGCUUAGAGGAAAAGAAGGGCAAACUGGCAGAGGUUCAAACCAGUAAGAAGGAUCUGGAAGACAAGGUGGAGGCUCUGAGAUCUGUUAAGGAAGCGGCAGAGCAGCCAGAAAAAGAAGCUAAAGAGCGCCAUCUGAAGGCCUGGGAAGAUCAAAAAGCUGUCAUUCGUAAGGAGAAGGAUAUGGCGAAAAUGGCUGCAGUGUUCCUUGAACUGGAUGCUGAUGCAGAUGGCAGUGUGUCAGUGGCUGAGCUUCUCCUUCACUCUGAGCUAGACCAAGAUUCAGAUGGUACAUUCACAGAAACGGAGGCACAGGGACUGCUGGGGGGAGUGGACAAAGUUGAUACUGUAGCUUUUGAGGCUGUUUGGAGUAACAUCAAAGACAAAUACAUAUCGGAGGCCAAAGCAGACACCACAGCACCAGUGGAGACGCCACAGGAGGAGACAAGGGAGUCGGUCUCUGACACCGACUCUGAGCAGUACCCUGAAGACGACAUCCCAGAGGACGAAGAGGAGGAGGAUGAAGAUGAUGAAGAUGAGGACCCAGAUGAUGGAGAAUAUAAGAGCCCUCCUACAACACGGACUCAAGAAAAGAAGGAUGACGAAGAUGAGGGGACUAUGCCACCCUAUGAUCAAGAAACGCAGAACCUUAUUGACACUGCUCAGAAAGCCAGGAAUGAAUUUGAUGAAGCUGAGAGAGCUCUCCGGGAAGUGGAUGAUCAGAUCAGGAACAUUGAGAAGGAAAUCUCCUUUGACUUUGGGCCCAGUGCUGAAUUUGGUUACCUCUAUAACCAGUGUUAUGAGCUAACUACUAGCGAGUACAUCUACAGGCUCUGUCCGUUCAGCAGAGUAUCACAGAAACCCAAAUACGGUGGAUCAGAAACUAGCCUAGGGACUUGGGGGAAGUGGGCAGGUCCUGAUGAUAACGUCUACAGUGUGAUGAAGUAUGAACAUGGAACAGGAUGCUGGCAAGGCCCCAACAGAUCUACCACGGUUAAGUUAACAUGUGGAAAAGAGACAGUUGUGACAUCUACCUCCGAGCCCAGUCGCUGUGAAUACCUGAUGGAAUUCACCACCCCUGCUGUUUGCCAAGAGCCUCCAAGCCUGGAUUCCAUGCAUCCUGACCAUGAAGAGCUAUAGAUGUGCAUGACUCGUUGCUCUUGAGGGACCACAGUAACUACAGCAACGUGAAAUUGCCAAACCGUGAGCAGCACCAACAACCUAACGAUAAAGAAUAAACGAUGGAAAUUCCAAGGAGUAGUUAUGCCUUCUACACUUCCAACUUUUACUGCUAUCUGUUGUGGUGUUAGUCAGAUUGGUGUCCAAUGUAGUUUCAUUCCAUUGUUUUCCAAUAAAGUUGUUUUUAUCUUCCAAA